UUAACCACCGACCUGAAAUACCACCCUCUUUUUCUUUUUGGUAACAACACACCACUCUUCGAAAUCAGGGGAUCGUCAUUUAGCACUCCAUAAUACUCGUUCGUUGUUGAGUCGUUUUCAGAUAGGAGGAGAAGAGCGCAACAAUGUCGUGGCUCGCGAGGUCUUUCGCCAACUCCCUGAGGUCCGACCUCCGCCACGGCGGCGGCAGUGGCAGUGGCGUCGAUGACGACGGUGGAGACGCCAACGAGGGCGGAGCGGUGAAGACGGGAGAAGACGGAAAAGGAGAACAAGACCUUCCGAUCGAUCCAGAAAGCGGUGGCCGAGGCGUCAAAGAGGAUCUCUCGGAGCUUACCAAAACCCUAAGUCGUCAAUUCUGGGGCGUCGCCAACUUCCUCGCCCCUCCCCCCCCAAUCCCCUCCUCCACGUCGGAUGGCGAUCGCCAGUCCGAUCCGGCGGCCUCCGAGGGUGUGGAUCAGUCGGAGUUCGCAGAAUCUCAGGCGAUCACGGGAAUCCGGAGUGAUUUCGCCGAGAUCGGAGGGAGAUUCAGGUCCGGAAUAUCCAGGCUAUCCGGCCACAAGGCGGUGUCGGAGAUCUCCAAGAUUGCCUCCACCUUUCUCCCAUUUGGAUCCGAAGAGGACGAGGAGCAGAUCGAGGAGUCUGAGGGGAGGCUUGGCAGGGAUGCUGUUGGUGUUACGGAGGAGGUGUUGGCGUUUGCGAGGAACAUCUCCAUGCAUCCGGAGACAUGGCUGGAUUUCCCAUUGUUGGCUGACGACGAAGAUUCUGAUGAUUUUGAUAUGUCUGAUGUCCAACAAGAGCAUGCACUUGCUGUGGAACGCCUUGCACCAAGAUUAGCAGCUUUGAGGAUUGAACUCUGCCCAACCCAUAUGAGUGAAGGGUGCUUUUGGAAAAUUUAUUUCGUGCUUCUGCAUCCCAGACUCAAUAAGCAUGAUGCUGAGCUUUUGUCAACACCUCAAAUUGUGGAAGCCAGGGCAAUGUUGUUACAGAGGUUGCAGAGUCGGACAAAGCCAGAAGUAGAGAAACCUAGGGUAGAUGUAUCAUACAGGAAAGGAGAUGAUACCUCAGUUCCACUCAAGGAGCAGUUCACCGGAUCAAGAGAUAUCUAUGAAACAACAUCACCAAGGACUCGAGAAGGUGGGACUUCUGUCUCAUUUGCAGAUUUUGAGACGGAAAAGCAUCCUAUUCUAACAACCGACACAAGAAUUAUUGACAAGUCUGUAAUUGAAGAACAGCCGCCAGUCCGACCACAUAAAGAUGUUAGUGAUACCUCAGAAAUCUUCAUUCAAAAAUUUGAUGAUGAGGGUGAUGACUGGUUGGAAGAUGAUUCAGGAGAAAUGGGCGUUCCAGGAACCAGCGCCAUUCCUUUUGAGAAUGACGAAGAUGUGUCAUUUAGUGACCUAGAAGAAGAAGAUGAUAGAAACGUGCCUGCAAGCUCCAAACCAGAGUCCAAGACAAUCAACUCGCAGCCAAAGGAUAAAGCAAUGUUGGUUGACAAAAGCUCAGGGGGCUCGGCAAAGGAGGGAAAUUCUAUCAUCCAGCAGACUAACGGGGAAUCAAAUGAUUGGCCAAGUGUUGAUGAUAUUUGAUUGCGUCCGGCAUCAUAUACAUAUAUAUAUAUAUAUAUAUCGUCAGUCUUAAACCACUGGUUUUAUUUGUGCCAUUCAUAUGUUGCUGAUGUUCUGUACAUGAAGUUUAUUACUUGUCAAUGUUUCGUAUGUGAAAUAUGGAAUAUAAACAAAUUUGUGAACGCCUCCCUUGGGGAAUUGCUUAAGCUUGCAUUUGGUUUAUUUAUUA